UCAAGAACAACCGACCCGGAAGCGAAACGAGGGGGAACUUCCGUUCUUUGUUCUGUCCCCGGUGUGUGGGUCUGUGACAGGGUCCAACAGGGCCUGUUCCGUGUCCGGUCCCCCAAAUCUGUCGUCCCUGUCCCCUAGGCAUUGGCAUCGACAAAGGUCAGAAUUCCCGGGAACUUGAAGAGAGGCUGCUAAAUUCCCAGUAAUUGUUCCUUUGGCCUUCUAGGGACUGACUUCAAAGAAGGAAGGAAAUAAUCAGGCAGUGCUUCCUCAUUCUCCUUCAAAACCUGCUUCCCACUGAGUCUGCACGUAGGAGGCCAGAGAGCACCUUGCCCUUCCAUGGAAACUCAGGCCGAUCUCGUAUCUCAGGAACCUCAGGCCCUGCUUGAGAGUGCUCUUCCUUCAAAAGUUCCUGCCUUUUCCGACAAGGACAGCCUGGGGGAUGAGAUGUUGGCAGCUGCACUCCUAAAGGCCAAGUCCCAGGAGCUGGUAACCUUUGAGGAUGUAGCUGUGUACUUCAUCCGGAAGGAGUGGAAGCGUUUGGAACCUGCUCAGAGGGACCUCUAUAGAGAUGUGAUGCUGGAGAAUUACGGGAAUGUGUUCUCACUGGAUCGUGAGACCAGAACUGAAAAUGAUCAAGAAAUUUCUGAAGACACAAGAUCACAUGGGGUCCUACUGGGAAGAUUUCAGAAGGAUAUUUCUCAGGGUCUCAAGUUUAAAGAAGCCUAUGAACGAGAAGUCAGUCUAAAGAGGCCACUGGGGAACUCCCCCGGAGAAAGAUUGACCAGGAAAAUGCAAGAUUUUGGUCAAGUGACAGUUGAGGAGAAGAUAAGCCCCAUAGGAGAGAGAAGCGAGAAAUAUAAUGACUUUGGGAACAGCUUCACUGUGAAUUCCAACCUUAUCUCACAUCAGAGACUCCCCGUGGGAGACAGACCCCAUAAGUGUGAUGAAUGUAGCAAGAGCUUUAAUCGAACUUCAGACCUUAUUCAACAUCAGAGAAUCCACACCGGGGAAAAGCCCUAUGAAUGUAAUGAGUGUGGGAAGGCCUUCAGCCAGAGCUCACACCUUAUUCAGCAUCAGAGAAUCCACACUGGGGAGAAACCUUAUGAAUGUAGUGAUUGUGGGAAAACCUUCAGCUGUAGCUCUGCCCUCAUUCUGCAUCGGAGGAUCCACACAGAGAAACCCUAUGAAUGUAAUGAGUGGGAAGACCUCAGCUGGAGCUCCACCCUCACCCACCAUCAGAGAAUCCACACUGGUGAGACCUACGCCUGCAAUGAAUGUGGAAGGCUCUUCAGCAGGAGCUCCACCCUUAUUCACCAUCAGAGAAUCCACACUGGAGAAAAACCCUAUGAAUGUAAUGAGUGUGGGAAGGCCUUCAGCCAGAGCUCACACCUCUAUCAGCACCAGAGAAUCCACACUGGAGAGAAGCCCUACGAAUGUAUGGAAUGCGGAGGAAAGUUUACCUACAGUUCAGGCCUUAUUCAGCAUCAAAGAAUCCACACCGGGGAGAACCCCUAUGAAUGUAGCGAGUGUGGGAAAGCCUUCAGGUACAGCUCGGCUCUUGUUCGCCAUCAGAGAAUUCACACUGGAGAGAAGCCUUUGAAUGGGAUGGGCAUGAGCAAAAGCUCCCUCAGAGUUACGACCGAGUUAAAUAUCAGAGAGUCCACGUGAAAGAGCCACACACCCAUUUUCCUCACUUCCCCUGAGUCUCAAGAGCUCUUGCCUUACUCUAUAAAUCUCAACAGCUUAGGAUGUGUCCCUUCCAACUCAGACCUUUCAUUUUAGAGAAUGGGGCAGAUUGGGCAAAUCAGUGAAUUUUACCAGAAACCGCACCAGCCUUGGAAAGCGACAAGGCAAGCGGAUGGUGUGCUGGGAACAGAAAGCAGCUCUGGGACCAGUCACCCCAUUUAGGAAAGGAGUUUGCACUAAACCAUUUUUCUCACAGCAGAGGAACCUUUCCAAGGUGGGGACGGAAGCACAGUCGGGACAGAAUUUGAUGGAUUCCUUUAGUUGGAGUCCACGUAGUCAGCACAGACAGCAGUGGAAAGGACGCUCUGGGUCCUGUUAUUUGCUAGGGAGGGGAAACGGAGACUAUUUCAAAGUUACUGUUCCUAGUCCAGCUUUAAGUUUCAAUAAGGAACAUGCUGUUUUGUUUCAUGAUUUUAUUAAUUAUGGAAAUUUGGCAUUGAGGGAUUAUUUUAUUGAGGGUGGAAGAGAUUCCAGAAACAUCAUCUGUGACGAUGAUGUCCUUUAGGGCUCUUGGAGCAGCCAGACCAUGUUUCCAAGAGAAACCCGGUGAUACUGCUGGCAGACCCCCGCCCUCCCCAGUUGUCCUGGGGCUGAAUGGGCAAAUCUAUCCAAACAGCUAGUAACCAGCUGUGAGGGAGAGGGUCAGAAGCACUUAGCGUUGGCCUCUGAUUCCUGUCCUCUCGUCCUCUUCCCACUCCAGUGAUGAAAAUGAUUUUUCUCUAAAUGCCUGGGUAAGGAUGCUUUCAAUGGGUAAGGAUGCUUUCAAGGAGCUCACUCGGCCUGCCUACCCUGCCCUCUCACCUCUGACCGCUCCUGCCUCCACCUCUGACUCUUCAGCAGCUGAAGAUUAAUGCAGAUAAAGAGCAAAGCCCAAAAGGAGGGGGAAAAAAAGCGAAGCCCAGAGAAGGCAGGCUGUGCCUGAGCCUGAUGGCAGAGCUCGUUGCUGGGUGAGGAUGGCGUUCUCCAAGUAUUCCCAACCGACGGGAUGACCUUCCAUUGUGUUUUCCUAACCCUGCUCAUCCUGUAGCAUAAAUGAAGUGCACUAUUAAACAGAAUAGUUUUUCAGAAGA